AUAAACUACUCCUGAUAUGUAUGUGUAUGUAUCUAUAGGUUGUAUGUAUAGAUUCAUAAAAAUAUAAAGUUUCCGGUGAAAUUAUAUUCAGUGUUACUCCAGAUCGGAAUCUAAUAUGUUUUCUAUUAUUUACUAGUUUGAUUAUUUUCUUACUUCUCGCCGUAAAAUCUCGUUUUUUCGGCGAGUUCUACCGGCGUUUUUUCCGGCGAUUCUCUCACGAGGCAUUGUAAGGAUUUUGUGUAGCUCCGGUCAAAUAAAUGAGCUCGUUAGCGGCGGUAUUAACUUAAACAUCGUUUUCCGGCGAGUUUUCCGGCGAGGUACUUUAGGUUAUUGUUGCCGGUAGUUAAAUAUAUGCUAUCUACUGUUUAGUUUUUGGUAUUUUAUCGUUUGAUUGUUAGUACUGAGUGUAGAUAUAGUUUUCCGGCGAGAUAUUGCUAGGUUUUUGUAACUCCGGCGAGUUAUUGCUAGGUUUUUGUGACGCCGGCGAAAUAUUUACUUAGAUCUGUAGUUAAUAAAUGUGCUAUUGUGCUCUAGUUUGAUUGGUUCUAAGAAUAUAUAUUGAUAUAGUGAUAUACUAAUAUACAUACGUAUAUAUGUUGUAUCUAUAUGUAUAUAUAACUGAAGAGAAUAAUUUUUUUUUGGGUAAAAGGCUUUACACCUGGUAAAUAACUGAAGAGAAUAAGUUUAAAAGUUAAAAAGAGAGAAUGGUGUCUUCAUUUCCGGAGGAGGUAUUGGAGCAUGUAUUUUCAUUUAUAACAACGGAUAAUGACCGUAAUGUGGUGUCAUUGGUGUGUAAGUCAUGGUAUGAGACCGAACGAUGGUGCCGGAAAAAGGUUUUUGUAGGAAACUGUUAUGCGGUAAGCCCUAGAAUGAUCACACAUAGGUUUCCGGAGGUUCGGUGUGUGGAGUUGAAAGGAAAACCGCAUUUUGCGGAUUUUAAUUUGGUACCAGAAGGUUGGGGAGGGUAUGCCUGUGAUUGGAUUGAUGAAAUGUCUAAGGCUUAUCCUUGGUUAGAGGAGAUUAGGUUGAAGAGGAUGGUUGUUACGGAUGAGAGUUUGGAGUUGAUUUCUACGUCGUUUAAGAAUUUUAAGGUUUUGGUUUUGAGUUCGUGUGAGGGGUUUAGUACUGAUGGACUUUCUGCUAUUGCUGCUAAUUGCAGAAACUUGAGAGAGUUGGAUUUGCGAGAAAGUGAAGUGAUGGAUUUAAGUGGGCAUUGGUUAAGCCACUUUCCAGAAACUUUUACUUCACUGGAGUCGCUUAACAUGUCCUGUAUGGCUUCGGAGGUUAGUUUCUCAGCCCUUGAACGCCUGGUUGCUCGCUCGCCCAAUUUAAAGACCCUUCGACUCAAUCGUGCCGUACCUCUGGGAAAGCUCUCCACCUUAUUGCAGCGAGCACCACAGCUGGUUGAAUUGGGUACAGGUGUUUACUCGUCAGGCAUUCGGUCUGAUGUAUACUCAGGUCUGUCUAAGGCUUUCAUGGGUUGUAAGGAGCUUAAGGAACUGUCAGGGUUUUGGGACGUGGAUCCAUCGUAUCUUUCAGCCUUCUAUUCUGUUUGCUCUAGGCUGACCUCAUUGAAUUUGAGCUAUGCCACUGUUAGAAGUCCUGAUAUCAUCAAGGUGAUUGGUCAAUGUCCUAAUCUGCAGCGUCUAUGGGUAUUGGAUCACGUUGAGGACAGUGGACUCAAUGCCCUUGCAUUAUCCUGUAAGGAUCUACGAGAACUGAGGGUGUUUCCUUCUGACCCUUUUGUUGCAGAUGCAAAUGUCUCCUUAACAGAACAGGGCCUUGUUUCGGUUUCAGAGGGGUGCCCAAAGCUCAAGUCUGUUCUUUACUUCUGUCGGCAAAUGUCAAAUUCUGCAUUGAUUGCCAUUGCAAAAAAUCGCCCUAACCUAACGUGUUUCCGGCUAUGCAUCAUUGAACCACGUGCUCCCGAUUACUUGACUCAUGAACCACUUGAUGUUGGAUUUGGAGCCAUAGUAAAAUACUGCAAGGGACUCAAACGCCUUUCAUUAUCUGGUCUCCUAACGGACCGUGUAUUCGAGUACAUCGGGACACAUGCUAAAAGUGUAGAGAUGCUUUCUAUUGCGUUUGCUGGGAACAGUGAUUUAGGUUUACAUUAUGUGUUGUCAGGGUGUGACAGCCUCCGGAAACUUGAGAUUCGAGAUUGCCCCUUUGGUGACAAGGCUUUAUUGGCUAAUGUCUCCAAGUUGGAGACAAUGCGAUCCCUUUGGAUGUCAUCUUGUGCAGUUAGUAUUGGAGCCUGUAAGUUUCUAAGUCGGAAGAUGCCUAUGCUUAAUGUUGAAGUUAUAGAUGAAAAUGGAAGUUUAGUUUCAAGUCUUGAUAGCUCUCUUGUUGAGAAGCUUUAUAUAUACCGCACUGUUGCUGGCCCGAGGUCUGACAUGCCUGACUUUGUAUGGACCAUGAAUCAAGAUCGUGAAAAUAUAACUUCUUGAGACAUGUCUGGAUGGAUUGAAUCCUCAUUCCGAAUAUGAAAGAGGUGCUAAGUAGCUGCUGUGCCCAUGUAGAGAACAAAAAGAUUCACGUCCGAGUUGUUCCCGAUACAUUUUUCAUAGUUCACAUUUCUUUUAGUAUCUUGUAUGUUUCUCUUAAGCUAAUUGAUCACAUUUAUGUACUUUAGCAUUAUUUACCUGUAUCCUGAUAAACUCAAAUCUUGUUUGAGAUUCGAACUUUCAAUGAUUGGUUUCCUUCAUAAUA